UUUUGAAUUUUUGAGGGAGGAGGAUAACCGGGAGCAUUGGAGCACCGAAGGUUAAGAAGUCUGGUUAAAGCGGGGUUAGUUUUUGUGUUUGUGGGUGUUUCAAAUUGAGGAGAGAUUCGCAGUUGAAUUGCAAAUGGAAAUGGCAAGGUGUGGUUAUGGAUGUGUUGUGCUCUGAUCUUUGAUCGGAGACAUUUAUUAUGUUUCCAGAAAAUCUGAGAGUGCGCCGUUAUAGACAUCUUUCGGCGGGUGGCGGGAGCAUUGCGCUGAAUUAGUUUUUGCUGUGGGAGGUGCAGAGGAGACGGAGAUCCAUCCGACUAGGGUUUUGGUUUUCAUUUUUUUUUCUCGACCACUUCAGCGCACAGUUCAUGCAGAUCAGCCUUCAAUUUUUUGACGCGGAUUGAAUGGCAAGAAUUUUCUGGCCAGGGUUUUGUUCAUAUCUGAUGCAUGCGGGCUUGCAUGUUUUUCAUUGGCGAGAGGUGCAUCCAGAUUUUCAGUUCGAAUCGUGCUUUCAAUUAUAGAGGUACUCUUAUGCUUCGUUCCUGUCAAUUUUGUAUUUUUUUGUUGAAACCCUAAAGUUUAGUUUCGGACAAGGGCCUGUUGUCAAAUACUGCGUGGGGAUGGUUUAGUGUGAUAGGUGAUGUGAUGAGAGUCUGAAAGAGACAGUAAAGGUUACACAGUAAACAUUAGACAGUAGGCUGGUUAAUCGAAUUGGGUUGUCAUAAGUAGGAAGGUAUUAAUUGGCAAUGGAGUGUAAUAAGGAUGAGGCGGUAAGGGCGAAAGAGAUUGCAGAGAAGAAGUUUGUCGGAAGAGACCUUAUGGGUGCUCAAAAGUUUGCUCUCAAGGCACACCAUUUGUACCCCGAGUUGGAUGGGCUGGCCCAGAUGAUGGCUGCUUUGGAGGUCCACAUUGCUGCAGAGAAUAAAGUCAAUGGGGACAUGGAUUGGUAUGGGAUACUUAACGUUAAUCAAUUUGCUGAUGAAGCCACUGUGAGAAAGCAGUACAGAAAAUUGGCUCUGCUCCUCCAUCCGGAUAAGAAUAAGUCUGUUGGAGCAGAUGGCGCUUUCAAGAUUUUGUCUGAGGCGUGGAGCAUACUCUCAGACAGAGUGAAGAGACUUUCUUAUGAUCAGAAAAGAAAAGGGUUUCAGCAGAGGCCUUCGCAACCACAGAAACCAGCGUCGACCACAUGCCCUGAUGGUAAUGCUUCUAGUGUUAAUAAUGGGUUCUACAAUUUCAAUGUAUUCAACAGUUUCACUCGCUGCCCUACGCGGCAACCUGCUCAUGCUCAAACGACUGCUCAUCCUCCUACUACUGCGUCUGCUCCCACACAUAAUCCUCCAACUGGUCCUAUGCCUCGGCCAACUCCACUUGCCCCAAGACCUCCACCUCAGCAGAGGACAACCACAUUUUGGACUGCCUGCCCCUUUUGCAAGAUGCAAUAUGAGUAUCUCCGAGUGUAUGAAAAUCAGAAUCUGUUGUGCCCAAAUUGCAAGAAGGCUUUUUGUGCUGUAGAGACAACAGCAAACAACAUGAGUGAACCCACUCCUUCCGGUUUCCAGUGGUCUUCUAAUCCCCGACCUAGCCAAGGGCAACAAAAUUAUCCAAACCACUCUGCUUAUGGCACGGGAACUGCAGGGUUUGCGAGUGGACCAAGAGUUGAUUCGUAUCAAAAUCUUAAUAAUCCUUGGCGUCCUUUUACAAGGCCAGUAGGUGCGGCGACUGUUUCAUCUGCCACAGCUGCAGCAGCAGCAAAUGUUGUACAGCAGACUUAUGAGAAAGUGAGAAGAGAGCGUGAGGAGGCUCAGGCAGCAGCAAAAAUGAAGGAUCAAUUACAGAGAAAACACAGUCACUUAAAGAAAUCUUCAACUGAAAAACAUUCAAGACAUGUACCUGGAAGUAUAUUUCCUGGUACCAACCAGGGGACUUCAGUGCAAAUGGCAGCUACCAAGGGCAUGUUAAAGUCCAAGAAGAAGAGAAAACGCAAAACAGAUAGUGAUUCAUAUGAUGAUUCUGAUGAUUCUGCUGAAGAAGAAUUUAUGCAGAUGCAUGUGGAGAUGAAUGGAAAAGGUAUGUGUGGUACAUCAGGGCAUAAAUCUUAUCAAGCUGGGAUGAAUUUUGACAGCAGAGUUGAUGCUGCUGGUGAAAAGACAAAUAAUGGCUAUAAUGGUUUACAUAAAGAUGAGCAGAAGCAAGGAGCCUGGGAUUCAUGUAAUGUUAAGACCCCAAACGUAAGUAAAUUUAGCAAAGCACUAGGCAAGCCUCAAUGGAAUAGGGAUUUCUCAUCACAUGACAUCCGUAAUGUGUUGAUGGAGAAGGCAAGGAUGGAUAUCCGAAAACAUCUUCAUGAGUGGAAAAGGACUGCAGAGCGUGCAGCAGCAGCAAAGGCAAGUGCUUCCUUACCGAUUACCUGCAGUGAGGAAGAGUCAAAGGCGGUUAAAACUGAGAUGAGAGAAACUCAAAACAUUCCUGGGGUGCAGCAAGCAGAUGAUGCAAAAAAGGCCACUAAGCUCAAUGACAUCAUUCAUUCAGGAAAUUCCUUAGAUGACCCAGAUGCCAAGGUUGCCGAUCCAGUGUCUAUGACUGUUCCAGAUCCUGAUUUUUAUGACUUUGACAGAGAUAGGACAGAAGAAUGCUUUAAGGAAAAUCAGGUGUGGGCUGCAUAUGACGAUGAUGAUGGAAUGCCCCGGUUUUAUGCAUUGAUUCAAAAGGUUGCCUCUUUAAACCCAUUCAAACUUCAAAUUAGCUGGUUGGAUGCAAGGAACAAUAAUGAUCUUGCUCCUAUUGAGUGGAUAGAUGCUGGGUUUACAAAAACAUCUGGAGAUUUUAGAGCAGGAAAGGGGAGAAACCAAGAUAAUCUCAAUGUUUUUUCUCAUAUUAUUAAAUGGGAGAAAGGUCCAAGGGGAAUUAUAAAAAUUUUCCCCAGGAAGAGUGAUGUUUGGGCUCUUUAUCGUGAAUGGUCUCCGAUAUGGAAUCAAUCUACUCCAGAAGAAGUCAGACACAAGUAUGAUAUGGUACAAGUCGAAACUGAUUUCACAGAGGAGCUUGGUGUGAGUGUCAUUCCUCUUGUUAAAGUAGCUGGAUACAAGACUGUGUUUAAAAAGCAAGUAGAUCCUGGGACAGUUCGAUGGGUGCCAAAGAAAGAACUUUUUAGAUUUUCACAUCAGGUUCCUGCAAGGAUACUUACCGGAGAGGAAGCUGAGGAUAUACCCAAAGGAUGCAUGGAAUUGGAUCCUGCAGCAACCCCAUUGGAAUUACUUCAAGUGAUUAAAGAUGAGGACUGUAGGUGAGGAAAAUUGUAGAGCAGCAUAAGAAUACUGAAUUUUUCUGAUGUCAAUGACCUCCAGUCUUAAUGGCUUGAACCUGUUCUAUGGAAAAUAUGAAUGUAACAUACAAUUUGACAGUUACAAUGGUGAACUGAGCCUCUUGAGACAUUCUUUAUGUUUUUUGAAGAGGAGACUACUCUGCAUAGUGUCCAAAUUCUGAGCAAAUAUUUGUAUAUCCUAUCAAUGGGGCAGGGUGUGUAUUAUCUUUCACUUCAAUAGGGGGCAUUGCCAUGACUUUGAGGUCUCAAUUUUGUUUGCACAUUUGGUAGAGAAAAUCUGUAUCUUGCGCCAAGUAACGACUUUCAAUUUAUGCAGACUGUAGUUUAUUGAGUUUGCUGGUUGAAGCCAAACAACAGGAGGGUGGAGUUACACAUUCUUGCAAUCUAAAUGCGAAAGAGUUUUGCAAUAUUUUACAUCAUACAA